UCCACACACAGGCGCACGCACUGUGCUGUGUGCUUUCGGAGGAGGAGGUGGUGGAGGCUUUUGGAAAAGGAAGAAGAGGUGGCGUUGGGGAGGGGGGGAUCUCUUUCCCCGUUGGAGAUGAUCGUGCUAUUCCUCUUUGCCUCGCUCUGGAUGCUGGAGGGGGCCCUCGGCCAGCUCCAUUACACGGUGCAGGAAGAACAGGAGCAUGGCACGUUCGUGGGGAAUAUCGCCGAAGACCUGGGCUUGGACAUUACAAAACUUUCGGCUCGCCGCUUUCAGACGGCGUCCAACUCCCGCAGCCCUUACUUGGAACUCAACCUGGAAACCGGGGUGCUCUACGUGAACGAGAAGAUCGACCGCGAGCAGAUCUGCAAGCAGAGCCCCUCCUGCCUGCUGCACCUGGAGGUCUUCCUGGAGAACCCCCUCGAGCUGUUCCGGGUGGAGAUCGAGGUGCUGGACAUCAACGACAACCCACCCUCCUUCCCCGAACCCGACCUCACCGUGGAGAUCUCGGAGAGCGCCACGCCGGGCACCCGCUUCCCCCUGGAGAGCGCCUUCGACCCCGACGUGGGCACCAACUCUCUCCGCACCUACGAGAUCACUCCCAACAGCUACUUUUCACUCGACGUGCAGACGCAGGGCGACGGCAACCGCUUCGCCGAGCUGGUGCUGGACAAGCCGCUGGACCGCGAGCAGCAGGCGGUGCACCGCUACGUGCUGACUGCGGUGGACGGCGGGCAGCCCCAGCAGCGUACCGGUACCGCCCUGCUCACCAUCAGGGUGCUGGACUCCAACGACAACGUCCCCGCCUUCGAGCAGCCCGUCUACACCGUAUCGCUGCCGGAGAAUUCGCCGCCGGGCACGCUGGUGCUGCAGCUCAAUGCCAGCGACCCCGACGAGGGGCAGAACGGCGAGGUCAUCUACUCCUUCAGCAGCCACAUAUCGGCCCGCGCACGGGAGCUCUUCGGCAUCGCGCCGCGCACCGGGCGCCUGGAGGUGAGCGGCGAGCUGGACUACGAGGAGAGCAGCGUGUACCAGGUGUACGUGCAAGCGAAGGACCUGGGGCCCAACGCCGUGCCGGCGCACUGUAAGGUGCUGGUGCGGGUGCUGGACGCCAACGACAACGCGCCCGAGAUCAGCUUCUCCACCGUGAAGGAGGCGGUGAGCGAGGCGGCGGCGCCGGGCACCGUGGUGGCCCUCUUCAGCGUCUCGGACCGCGACUCGGAGGAGAACGGGCAGGUGCAGUGCGAGCUGCUGCAGGGCGACGCGCCCUUCCGCCUCAAGAGCUCGUUCAAAAACUACUACACCAUCGUCACCGAGGGGCCGCUGGACCGCGAGCAGCCGGGCGGCGACGCCUACACGCUGACCGUAGUGGCUCGGGACCGCGGCGAGCCGCCGCUCAGCACCAGCAAGUCCAUCCAGGUGCGGGUGAGCGACGUGAACGACAACGCUCCGCGCUUCAGCCAGCCCGUCUACCAGGUGUACGUGAGCGAGAACAACGUGCCCGGCGCCUACAUCUACGCCGUCAGCGCCACCGACCGGGACCAGGGCGCCAACGCCCAGCUCGCCUACUCUAUCCUUGAGAGUCAGAUCCAGGGCAUGUCCGUCUUCACCUACGUCUCCAUCAACUCCGAGAACGGCUUCCUCUACGCGCUCCGCUCCUUCGACUACGAGCAGCUCAAGGAGUUCAGCUUCCAGGUGGAGGCUCGCGACGCCGGAGAGGAACCGCAGCCGCUGGCCGGCAACGCCACCGUCAAUAUCAUCGUCGUGGACCAGAACGACAACGCUCCCGCCAUCGUCAGCCCGCUGCCCGGCCGCAACGGCACCCCGGCGCGGGAGGUGCUGCCGCGCGGCGCCGAGCCGGGCUACCUGGUCAGCCGCGUGGCGGCGGUGGACGCCGACGACGGCGACAACGCCCGCCUCACCUACAGCAUCGUGCGGGGCAACGAGGCCAGCCUCUUCCGCAUGGACUGGCGAACGGGCGAGCUGCGGACGGCGCGCAGAGUGCCGGCCAAGCGCGACCCUCAGCGGCCCUACGAGCUGGUGGUCGAAGUGCGCGACCACGGGCAGCCGCCGCUCUCCUCCACCGCCGCCAUCCAGGUGGUGCUGGUGGACGGCGCGGCCGAGCGGCCCGGCGGCGGCGGCGGCGGCGGCGGCGGAGCGCUGGGCGCGGGGGUGGGCGCGGGGGGCGGCGGAGGCGGCGGAGAGCAUCGGCCCAGCCGCUCCGGGGGAGACACCUCGCUCGACCUCACCCUCAUCCUCAUCAUCGCCCUGGGCUCCGUCUCCUUCAUCUUCCUGCUGGCCAUGAUCGUGCUGGCCGUGCGCUGCCAAAAGGAGAAGAAGCUCAACAUCUACACCUGCCUGGCCAGCGACUGCUGCCUGGGCUGCUGCUGCUGCUGCCCCUGCUGCAGCCGCCAAGCGCGAGCCCGCAAGAAGAAACUCAGCAAGUCGGACAUCAUGCUGGUGCAGAGCUCCAACGCGCCCAGCAACCCGGCGCAGGUGCCGGUGGAGGAGUCGGGCAGCUUCGGCUCCCACCACCACAACCAGAACUACUGCUACCAGGUCUGCCUCACUCCCGAGUCCGCCAAGACCGACCUGAUGUUCCUCAAACCCUGCAGCCCCUCCCGCAGCACCGACGCCGAACACAACCCUUGCGGGGCCAUCGUGACCGGCUACGCCGACCAGCAGCCCGACAUCAUCUCCAACGGCAGCAUCCUGUCCAGCGAGACGAAACAUCAGCGUGCUGAGCUCAGUUAUCUAGUUGACAGACCCCGACGGGUAAACAGUUCUGCAUUCCAGGAAGCAGACAUAGUAAGCUCUAAGGACAGUGGUCAUGGAGACAGUGAGCAAGGAGACAGUGAUCAUGAUGCCACUAAUCGAGGUCAAUCCUCUGGCAUGGAUCUCUUCUCCAAUUGCACAGAGGAAUGUAAAGCACUGGGCCACUCAGAUCGGUGCUGGAUGCCUUCCUUUGUCCCAUCUGACGGACGCCAAGCUGCAGAUUACCGCAGCAAUCUGCAUGUACCUGGCAUGGACUCCGUUCCAGACACUGAAGUGUUUGAAACACCAGAAGCCCAGCCGGGGGCAGAAAGGUCCUUCUCCACCUUCGGCAAAGAGAAGUCUCUUCACAACACUCUGGAGAGGAAGGAGUUGGAUGGACUGCUGUCUAAUACACGAGCGCCUUACAAACCACCAUAUUUGACAUUUGCCAUCUCUGGAUCUCAAAGUGGAUUAUAAAGAAUAGUGAUUUAAACCUUCCUGCACCUCUAGGAGAUAGCACGGAAAAGGAUAUGCUAGUCACUUCUACAGGACUUACCUGAAGCAGCAUGAUUUGCACAAAAGUCGACCAACAAAAAGCAUCAACUUUCAACUUCAUUAUCUUGGCCAUCCAGUUCUGUCUAACUGAAGGAUUUGUGUGCUGUUGGAGACAUCAUGGCCAACAAUAGGACCUAAUUGCUCUCAGCAGGCCUGAGAAAUGAGUUGAAAUGUGUAGAACUGUAGAAACUUCAGAGGCAACUGAUCUUGCCUCUCUGAUCAGUGUGUGCCUGUUUACAGCACUAUAUAUCUUUCUCUCUCCAAAAUGUCACUGAGCCCUUUAGAUGUUUAUAAUCACCACAAGAAGCCAAUCGUACAGAUAAAAGAAAUGUGCAUUAUAAAUGCAAUAUCACUGUUUUAAACUUGACUGUUUUAUAUUAUUUUUGUGUGAUCAAGUGUUCCCCAAACUAUUCCAACUUUACAAGAGAGAUUGUGAUCAUGUUCUUUUCACCCGUGGGUCACAAACAAUGUUGUUAAUCUGAAGACCCACCAAAUUAUCGAAGACAUUCUGUAGUUUAUACACCGUGUUGCAAAGUGUUUACUGUACUAUUUCAAAGCUUCUAAAUAAAUAUAAAAUAUAUAUAUAUUAUAUUAUAUAUAAUUUUGAGAAAAAUGUGGUACAACUUAGUUGAUUUUUAAAUGGAUUCAUACAGUCUACACCAUACACUAAAAUGAGAAGGUAAUUCAGGGUUCCUAAGCUAUCCUUGCUAAAAACAAAUAUAAAAUAAACCUUUAAUAGUACUUCCCCAAUAUUCGUAUCUUGGUCAAUCCUGUUUUUCUUGUUUAAAAAAAAAGAAAAAAAAGAAAAAAAAAAAAAAAAAAGAGCUGUAAGCAACAACAACAUUUUGUCUAAAAGUUGUAAUGAAUUUUCAAUGCCAAAGAUGCAGCUGUCAAUAUUACCAGAAUGAGCGCUAUGUACUAUCAGAGGUAUAAUUCACUCUCCAUUAUUUUGAUGGUAUUUCUAUGCUUUUUAAUUUGGAAUCAUAAAACCUUUUAUAAGGCUCUAUAAGCUCACCUAUAUAUGUUGUUGAAAAGAACACUGAGUGUCUGUACAUUUUGCAAUGUAAGAUAUAUGUAAGUGAAGUAUUUUAAGAACAUCAUCCCAAACUCAUAAAUAUGCAUACGUACAUACACACACACAAACACACGCACAUCUCUCUGACAUACUUUUGUGAAGCUAUACAAAUAUAUUGCCUAAAAAUAUUUCUCUUGUGGCUAGGAAUAGUUAUUGAUAGAAUUCAAACUACAAAGGCAAAGUAUAUGCCAAAAUAUCGACUCUUUUAUCACAACAGAUGUUUGAAAUUAGGAACACGGCACAUUCUCAUCUGACCCUUCUCCCAUAGGAGUUUAAAAGGGGCUGAUUACCAUCUCAGCUGGGAAAAGGAUCAAGCCCUUUCAUAUAAUCUUUAUGUUCUGUAAUAAUUGUAUGGUUGGAAAUGGUAUAUUAGAGCAAUUUUUUCUAUGAAAUAAUGAAAACAGUAAACUUUUAAAGGUAAAUUCAUCUCCAUGGAGCUUAAGUACCAUUUACUAAAUGUAAAAAUGUAGUAAAGUGCUUUUCUUCUUUUUUUUUUUUCUUCUUUUUGUAUUGGGUUGUUGUUUUUUUUUCCCUCCCCACUGUAUCUUAAUAUCUGUCAAGUACUGAAAAGAAAUGAUAGAACACUGUGUUAUCAAGCAACAUCUACCCAAAUUUGAACAAAUACCUGGGGACGAUCCAAUAUUAAGACAAGAGAAAACCUUUCAUUGAUUGCAGCUGAAUUUGGAUCAUGCUGUUAUACAGGAAUUCUGAUACCCCCACUACAGCUACCACAGGAGGAAUGCGUGAGAAGCUGAAUUUAGCCACUGCUAUGUGGUUAUUAAGUCUGGUUUUCUUCCCUCUGUCAUUAUUUUUGUUUAUGAUGACAGUUUCUAGAAGACAGAUAAUUCACCCAUAUGGAAACCAUCCUGUUGAGGAUUCAGACAAGAUUGCUGAUCAGUUCCUGAUCAUUCUGGCUGCUGGACUGAGCUCUGAAGUUCAUUUAACUACUCUGAACAAACACUGUUAAACACUUUUAAUGGAUAUUUCUAGCCGAUCUGUAUCACUCAAAUAUAUUUCGGGUAUCCUUUUAAAAAUAUGUAUAAAACACAAUCAGAAGGGAGUGAAAAUAGUGGUUACUGAUUUGAACAAACACCAGUUGUGGAAUGUUCCUCUAGCUGUAGACAGUGAGACUUACAGUCACUGAUACACCUUUUUAGUUUUGUGAAGAACAACAAUGAAAUCUGUGACAUCACUUUCACUCAAAGGAUUAUGUUAAAUGGUUGUUUCUGCUUUUAAAGGCCUCCAAGAAAUUUGUUUUUCUUUGUUUCCAAGUACCUCAUUAAUAUUAGAUGUAAAGUGAGUUUGUUUUCAGGUUUUGGGAAGAAAAAUAUUUUUUCUUUCUUUUUCAGAGACAGUGAAGUAUUUUUAUUUAAUAAAGCUAUCUUCACAAUUUGCAUGCAUUUUUUUUUUCCUGAAAACUUAACCAUAUCAUAUCACGUCAUUUCUUUCCAUAAUGGAACAUUUUCAGUGAACUGUGUAGUUGAUACACACCUCUUUUUUCUUUCUUUCUUUUUUUUUUUUUUAAAUUAAUGUUAGAUAAUACAGAUAGUGAUCCAUGUAUGCACCGAAAUCCUUCUAAGUUCAUAGGGAGAGUCCCAGAAGGAAUUGUGAUAGGAUGCGAGACUCCCGAGGAACAGAAAGUUUUUAACUACUACAUCCUGGGCUCCCAAAAUAUUUAAACACUUCUGUGGAUUUCCCUAGUUCACUGUGAAUUUCAGUAUGCUAAUGUUUGAUGACAUGAGGUUUAGGUCACAUUAAAUAACAGUACCUAUCUGUUAGGACUCAAAAGAAGUACUGAGAAGUGCAUUUGGCCGUACAGAGGUUCAAUCCCUUCCCUGUUUCUAUGUUGUAGUGGGGAAGAUACCUGUUGCAUCCAGCCACCUCCCAUUGAAAUUGAAUUGUUCAGCAUCUCCAUGUAUCUCACCAUGCUACUAGGUGCCUAUCUGCAGUGAUAGGUAUGUAAAUGCCUUUAAACAUUAGCUCUUUGUAUUUGCCUCUUCCUUUAAGUGUAUGUGCUACUAAUGUCUAAGGACUCUGAUUUGCAUAUUGGGCAAAAAAUAAAAUGAAGUAGUUGGAAAAUAUUUAGGAUGCAUAUUAAGGAGAAGUAUCUACAUCCGUAAGCCGGUGUAGGGAAGGUUCUGAUACCUCCUUCAUUGAAGAUUUUCAAGAGUUCAAAAAAUACCUGUCAGGGAUGAUACAAGUGUACUUAAACUUGCCUCAGAGAAAUAGCAGGGACUAGUCUCUCAGUCCUGUUCUGUAAUUUUCAUCGUAAGGCAUCCUGAGCUUCAAAAGAUGUUAUCUGUACACAGCUGUAGGAGUAAAGAUGUUCUAUCCUUCAAUUAGGUAUCAGAAGCAAUAUUUAAUGUUUAAAUUUACAUUAAAAAAACUGCGAGCAGUAGAACAAGCUGUCUUUGUGAAGAACUUUCUUUAGAGUAAAUGAAAGUUCCAGCACAAGACAGUGUCUUACAGAGAAUAACAGAAUGAAACCAGAUGUGUAAUUUAUUUAUUUAUUUUUUAAUUCCUGGUUUAGAUGUGUAGCAAUGGAUAUCUAAGCAACUUGCCUAUUAAAUUUCUUUCGUUUCUUCCAGACUGACUGUUGCAAAACCGAAAAAUACUAAAAUGUUUCACUACUUGAAACAAAAUUACCAUUAUUUCAUGCAGGUUUUAAUUAAUCUGCCCACUGAGAAGGGAGAAAAAAGAAGUACUUCCAUUAAACAGUCUCAACUGAUUUGAACAAGGUGUAGUAAUUUUUCAACAUUAUUGUUGCAAAACUAAGUGGAAUGUCAGUGCACAGAUAUAUAUUAUUUGUAAAGAUUAUGCUUCAUGCAUUAUAAUCACUAUAUAUGUGUGUGUUGGGGGGGUAUGUGUGUAUAUAGCUAUAGUUCAAAAUCUGGUAAGUUGCCUCUGGAUUUUUUUCUUGCAGGAGUAUGCUCCUAUCAGUAAAUUCAAAGAGAAGGGUAGAAACACAUUUAUGGUACUAGAAAAUUAGACUUGUUCUUUAGUGUAGAAUGGAGUUUUGUAUUCAACAUUUGAAUUCAGCCCCUUCCUCAUGCAUCACACCCACAAUCAAACACACAUUUCAUUGUUUGACUUUAAACUUUCACCUGCUCACAGCAGACUUUUUUUUCUUCUUUUUCUUAAGUGCUAUCAUUCCUCAGGGUUAAAGGUGGAUAAACAGAUAGUCUUCCUAGGCUGAUAAAUUGUCAUUGCAAUUUUGCAAGGCUGUUAAAUAUUUAUAUGUCUUAUGUGGAGAAAGCUGAUCAUGUCCUGCCAUUGUUCCUUGUUCAAGUCGUAAGUUGUUUGGCACUGGGACUUUUCAAUUAAAAUUUAUACAAAGGUGUAGGGGCCCAAGUAAAUAAGCAUCACUCAUAUACAAUUAGACAUAGCAAUUUGAUUGCAAAACGUUGGUACCAGAAGUCUAUGAAGAACAGACAAGUUAUUUUAUUUGAAGCAAAGGGAAAGGCAGCCAGUAAGACUUUAUUAUGUUAUGCUAAGAAAAAUUCAGAAACAGUGAGUUAAAUCCAUUGCACUGACCCCUACAAUCAGAGCUCAGAUUCAUAUUAAAGGUCUCCUUCAUUUUAUUUUCCCUCUGAUCUGCUGAUCUGUCUUGAUAUGAAAUGGAUACAUAUAUAUGAACAAAUACAGCCAUUAAGAUCCAUUGCUGAAGCAUCUGUGUUUUUGUAGAUAUCCUCAUAUGUAAGAAAUGAGCAAGAAAUAACGUGGACAGCUUUCUUGAAUUGAAAUUGUUUUUGAAUUUGAAUUUGUUAAUAAAGAUCAUGAUAUUGUAUGUUGGCUGAGACAUCAGGGAAAAUGAAAUCUAUGUGGGUGUAGUUCUCCAGAAGGCAAAUGCUUCAUUUAGGAAGCAUCCUGUCAAAAAUGUGUAAAUGUGAGUGCUGGAAAUCUUGCUGAGUCAAGAUGAAACACACUGUGCCAAAACUUUCUUGUUCUCUGUGUUAGCACUGAUUAAAAUGUCCUCUGGAUGGUUAACUAUGGUAGUAAUUCAGAAGAUAGCCAGAAUAGCAAAAGAGAUUCAGAUAACAUUACCAUUCUUACUAAAGAGAGGUGAAGACAAGAAGUUGAAUUUGUAUUAAAAUACUUAUUUGUAUUAUACAAUAGGUAAAAUUCAGUUAAGCCAUGCAAUUCCUGAAAUAGUAUGCUUCCAAAUACAUGCACUUCAAUGAUUAAAGUUCACCUCAUCAUCAGCUUAAAAGCAUAUUUUGGGUAACUCAUCUAUGAGUUGCACUAAGAGUGAAGAGUAAUGUAUUGUAUAACAAUGCCUUACAACAACACGAUAAAGUGAAUGUAACCAAACCAACCUUAAGUUUUAGAAGCCUUGGAUUCAAACAUUCAGGUUCCAAAACCGAACUGUAUUUUGUAUGCAUCAGAGCCUAAUUCCAUUAAAGGCAGUGGUCCAAGCUGCAGUGAUUUGAAGGGGAACAAAAAAAAGUUCUUCUUUCUUUAUGCACAUGCAUUUUUGAGCAAGAACAAUUUGCAAUAAAAAUAUUUAACACCAAAAGAUGGGAAACUUUACUAGCUCUGUUUUUAAUGAGCUGUGAAAUCAAGUUCUGAAAUUUGGAUGUGGCUAUAUGUCAGUUUAAAGCAGACAAGUUUUGAGUGAUUUUAUUUCAAGGCAAAGCUGAAUUACAUCUCUGUUGAGAUUUUCUUAGAAGACCACAACAGAAAUGCAGUCCUGAAAACAUACAUUAAUGUUUUUACAAAUGGGAAAAUAAUUAAAAAUUCAUUGGAGAAGAGUGAUGAUUAAAAGAGUGAAUAAAGCCAGGAAAGAAAUAUCAGUCCCAAUGAUGAAUGUUUCAGAAGGUUUUGCUUUGGAAGGUAACAUAUGUCCUAACGACCUUAUCUCUUUUCAGAUUUACUCUGAAAGAUGUUUCCUAUCACAUUUUCUGGUCUAAGUUUUACUUGGGAUAUAGAUGCAGGGUGUAUAUAGAAGGGUCUCCGUGUGUAUGUGGAUGUUUGGUGAGAAUAAAAUAGAAAAAAAAAGACCUAAAUGAAGCCUGAUGUCAAAAUUACAUAGUAAUUCCAUCUCCAACAUUACAGCUUUUCUAGAUUGGUUUCAGAAUAAUUUAGAGCAAGAACUUUAUGGGAUGCUGGCAGGAGAGCAGUGGUGUGGGACUGUUCAGCCAUCAAGAAGAAAGAGAGCGCUUUGCUAUUCCUAGUCUUACAGAUGACAUUAAUUGGUAUUUAAAUAGUGCUCUUCUCAGGAACAUAAAUAUCACAAAAAAGAAGGAUUUCACCAUGAGAGCAAUACAUUUAUUAUGGCUAUAUGCUAUAUACAAAAAAAAAAAAAAAAAAAAAAAAGAUGAUGAAUGCAAGGAAACAUUAUUCUGCUCAAACCCCCAAAGAUGAGUGUAAAUGAUGCCCUUGGAGCUCAUGGCCAUUCACUUUUUGUUACAGGCUUGGCUUGAUUUAUAUUCUGACUAGCAACAAAGAAAGAAGACAGAGAGUGAGUGCUGGAAGAAAAAGCCAGUUAAUUAAUGUAAUCUAGGGAGAAAAUGCAGUAUACCUUGAAUUGAAAUCAUUAAACCUCACUGAGCUUCUGGGAAAAAAAAAAAAGAAAGAAAACAAUGAAAAGAAAAAAAUCAUGUCCUUGAUAAUUAGAUGAUCUCAGAGGUCUUUUCUAACCUUUAUGAUUUUAUGAUGCUAUGCCCUGUACACAUUUAAAUAAGAUCAAUCACAGCCUAGUUGAAAAACAGUGGCUGGUGACAUAUCAUAGUCUUUCUUACACUAGGGGAGGCAGGAGGGGCCAGUCCUCAGCACUAGCAGCUCCUGGAGGACGGGGAUGGAGCUUGGGGUAGGAGUCAGGAUCAUGUCUAGUGAGGGGAACUGGGGUAAGAGAUACCACAUAGAAACUUAAUUUAAGCUUGCUGGGUUUCAGUUUGCUAACUGAGUUGUUAUCAUCAGUUCCUGUGUUUUCGAUUGAGGUUUAUUUCAUUUUGAUGAUCCAAGAAGUAGGAGUAGCAUAGAAACAAUUCCAGGCCAAAGCAGGAAGUUUACCUUUUCUUUUUUACAUAAUUCUUUUUUUUUUUCAUAUCUCCACUGUUCAGUGAUAAAGGCAUGAAAACUAGUAACAAAAAGUAUUGGAAGCCUGCACUGUCUUUUACUGGACUGUGGAAAUUUCUUUCCUGUUUCUAUUCUAUCUGGAGUAAACUGUAAACCACCAUUUGCAUGCAGUUGUUAGUUUUUCAAUUCUUCGUUUGCACAUGAAAUCUAAAACUGCAUUGAACAUGCUGCUAAUAUUCACAGAUGUAAAGAUUCAGCAAAAACAAAAACAGAAAUUGUCUUAUUUUUCUCAUCCAAGAGAGAACCUUUUGUAGUGCAAAAUCUAUGAGUGGCUGGAAAUUGAAAAAACAUUCAUUUCAAAGUUAGAUUUCUAUUGACUGCUGUUCUGUGUGCUUUAUAUCCUUUAUUGGUAAGCAAAAUGUACUCCAGUGUUACAGCAGAUGCCUGUAUUACUAUCUUUAUUUUACUGAAGCAUAACAGAAAUUUCAUAAUGCUGUUUAUUGUAGAGGUGGGAAUAGAAUCUAGUUCCUAAAUCAAAAUAAUAAGAAAACCAACGAACAACAGUGAUUAUAAUAUAAAAUAAUGUAAGCCCACAUGGGUGCUACAAUAUCAACAUCUCCCCACAUGCAGGUUAAUGAGCUAACUAGCAGUCUAGAGAGCAAUAUGUAAUUUGGUGCCCUUGGUCUUUCUGUCAAAAGAAUAUAUAAUUAUUCUUUGUAAAAUGGGACAGCUUCAAAGAAAGCAAUGAAGAGCUCUUCAUCUUUCCACUCAGAACCUAAAUCCUUCUGGAUUUGAUGAUUAGCGAGGGCUGGGAAAAGAAAAUUGUGUCUAGAUCCCAUCAUAUAAAAGAAGCAUCUGUCCUCAGGGGCCAAAAUUGUGGGCAAAUAUUAUGAUCAGUGUGGUAUUAAAAGGGCCUCCUACAGUUCUUCUUUCUCUGGCAGUGUUCUGUUCAAUACGUGUCUUCUCAGAACACUUAAAAAUAGGAUCCUUCAGAAAACCCAAGGUGUUAAAGAUUGGGUACAAAAGAUUUCCAGAGCAGGUGGUAUGACGAGAGUAUUUUUUCAGGACUUGAAAAACCUUUAUUCAAUUCUCCCUUUCUCAGAUAAUCCAACUUAGAGCCAUUUCUAAAAUUAGAGUGUUGUCUCCUAUUUUGCUUCUUCAUUUUACAAAAGCAACUAAGCAUUUAUUACUGCAGAAAUUAUGUACACGUGCUACCUUAUAUAGAUGAUCACUCACUAAAUGCAGACUCAUUUGCCUGCUCCCCAGUGAAUAAUAUUUUAUACAAAGUUUUUUCUCAAUAGAUAUUUGUCGUUAGGUGUACAGAGUGAUACUAGGCAUAUUACAGAACCAUUAGAGAGCUUGCUUUCUUGCCAAAGGGAAAGAGCAAGCGAGCAAACCACAUCUGACAUGUUAGUCAUAUAAACGAAUGUUUUAUUGGAAAACACUCAGACAUAAUGGUGGUAAGGGCAGUCUGAAAAUCUGAUACUAGCAGAAAGCAUUACUGGGAAGGACUUACCUGGCACUUACCUGGCAGAUGUUGAAAAGAUCAGAGAUUUUGUACAAUUGGCUAAGUUCCCAGAAAGGAAAUCUUUCCUAAGUCAUCCCCUUGAGGACAACAGAAUUACUGAACCAGUUAGGUUAGGAAAAGUCACUUCUUUGCUGUUUUCCUCACCUAAGUAUCUGCACACUAGCAUUAUAGGCUGGAAAGACAAAAAGAAAAAAUACCUAAGAAUGGGACUUUUGGAAUUGCUGGUUUAUAAGGAGGAUUUAUUCAGCCCUCUAAUUCCCUUGAACUAUUUUGACGGCCUCACACAUCCUAAGGAUGUGUCUGGUCCUGAUUUCCCUGGCUGAGCCUGAUCUGACCUUUACCAAGGGGCAAGGUCCCAGCCUCAGCUCCUCUGCACCCAGGCAGCAGGAGGCCAAUGCUCCCAGUUUUCCUGCCUGACUGCAGGACCAGCAGUGGCAAUGCCUUCACCAAUACGCGUGCAUCCAAUCUUUUCCUACGGGCUGUACUGGUGCCAGGCACAACAUGCCUUUGUUGUAAGAGAUAUUCCAAAGAGGGCAGAAAAAGGAUUAUUUCACUUUGAGAUGAAGUCUUGAUAGUUUUUUGUUUUUUUUUUCCUUACUGCUAUGUUACUGUAAAAUACUAGAGUAUUUAGACUGCAGAAAAUAGCUGUUUCAAAUAAAGAACAUUUCUUGUGCAUGUGUUGUCACUAAUAUUUCCCAAGGUCCUUCUUCUGUUUUCUUGGUCCUGGUUUGCUCUUGCAAAGAAAAAACUUGUACCUUCAAAAGUUCUGCCUCUCCUUUUCCCCAGUUUCCUUUCCAUCUCAAUAUGCUUAAAUUGGCCUGAGAGUAUCAUGAACAAGCAAGGUGAUUGAUCAACCUUUGCUCAUAGGAGAGAAAUGAAUAUAAAUUUAUUUGAAGAAUGUUUCUAUACUCAUUGGUAUGAAGCUAAAAUCCUCCUGUAUUACUAGUUUAAUCUAAAUAAUCAAUAAGAAUAAAGGUAGGUUCGUAAUCUAGUUUGUACUAGUGUGAUUCUUGUCUACAACAAGUGAACAUCUUGCCCUGUCAUUUAUCAUAAAGAUACACUGGCCCAUUAAUCAAAAACUAAACAACUAUUUAGAACUGAAUGAAUAUACGUAAAGAAUCCAGGAGUGCAAACAUUUAAAAAGUGAGAUAAUAGUCCCUCUAAAAGCUACGUUACAGAAUACAUGAGAUGAUAUUAAAGUGUAUCUGAAAUAACCUGUUUGUACUAUUGAAGCAAAUUGGUAAUAGCUGAAGUGAUUCAGUUUUUUGGCAGCCCUUCAGAACAUAUUGCUUUUGCUAGAGCUGAAGACCUAUCCCUGCUCCCAUCCUAUUUCCAGGAUUUGUGUUUCUCUUGGGUCUUUGAAGAAGGAGGAAAGGUAUGACAGAGACUGUUAUUUCUCCCAGCUGGUGAGAACACCUCUCUGGAUUGAUUUUAUAUUUUACCACCCUAUUCUAUUCCCCCCACAAUUUAUCUCAACAUACAGAAGCAAAAUUGGGAGAAAAUAGCCAAAAAUCUCAGAAGGCUUUGAACCCUUAAACAAUAUGGAAGAUCACAAGAAGCUCGUUCAAGUUAGAAGAAUCUGCUCGUCACCUUGAAUUAUAUUAGCACCAUCCUUCUGUUUAUUCCCCUUAGAGUGUGUGGAGUCAAAGGCAAAAUGGUAUAACAAAUGACACUCUGUGGCCUGCUGAUUUCUGGCUGCCAUUUGUAUGUUAAGUCACCAGCAGCUGUCAUGAUCAAAAGGAGAAAGUAAGUCAGAGUUGGAGGGGAACAACACACACACACACACAAAUGAGGGCUUGAUUCCUUAGGGGAGAAAAGCAAUAUGAAGUGCAGAUGGAGUGCUAUAGACAACACAGGUGAUGAAUGAAUAACUCACAGUGUUGUAAAAGGAACGUGGGGUAAGUGCUUUAUAAGCGACAUUUACAUGUCUAAGUACUUGUGACCAAAUUUGUAUUGUGUUUUGCCUCUCAAAAUGUGAAUGGAAAAUGCCUUUAAAUGUCAAGCAUUUUUAUUAGGGUUGUUUAUGUGCACUUAUGCUGUACAAUAGUUAAUAAAAGCAGCAAAGCUUUGGAGCCUCGUAAGGUUACAGCUAGUUGUCGUAUUCUUGACGUUAUGCCAUCUGCUUCUUAGCACAAUUAAUUUACCUUACUUGGACAUCACCGAGAAGCCACU